AGAAAUGGGAGGAGCGUGUGAAAAAACGGAGCAGAAUCCACAUGACUAGUGCAGUGGAAACACAGGGAGAGCUGCAGUCGAGGCGUGGGUGAGUGAACAUCAUGGGACAUAUUCUCAGUGAAUGAACUAACGUUACAGCAGUUUGGAGCUUCACCCCUUCAUCCCAGAGCGCACAGCUGCUGAACUCACUGGACAAUAUAACAGCACUGAAGCUGAGAUUACAGAGUCCUGUUUUAAAGUUUAGAAUAAUGAGAGUGAAUUUUUCUGCUAGUUGGAUAUUUCAAGGAUGGAUCACACACUUCGUUCUUGCUCUGUGCACGCAGGCAGGGCUGGCCAUAAGCUGCCAACAAAACGAAUAUGAGCACAACGGGGGAUGCUGCAGAAAAUGUGAACCAGGAAAAUACAUUUUCGCCCAUUGCGACGGCAGCUCGAGCACAAAGUGCCGUGAUUGUGGCCAUGAAGAAUACCAGCCGGACUGGAACAGUGACACUAAAUGUAUUCCUCAGAAGUUCUGUGAUGAGGGUAAAGGAUUUAACCGCACUCGUUUACACAACCCUACAGCGGCUGAACCUUGUCAGUGCAAGCAGGGUUUCCACUGCUCUCUGAUCAACUGCGAAUACUGUGAGGCCAUUAAAAAAUGUCCUGCAGGAGAAGGAGUCGUAUUGGGCGAAGAGAAAAUUGGGACUGAUCAGAUCAGAAGUGACCAGACUGUUUGGCUGCCCUCUUUUGAUAUAAUUCUAUUCCAGUUUUGUAAAGCUAUCGGCAAGACCGAGAAACAGUCAGGAAGCUCUAAGACAGAUGUGGUGUGUGGAGUCCAUUCUCCUGGUAUGACACCCUGGGUGCUGGUGGCCAUCCUCUCGGUCAUCAUUGUGGUGUCCCUGGUUGUUCUCUUUUUGUUUUGCUGCAAGGAUAAGCUGAACUUCCUCUCAGUAAAUCUACGCACUUGCGUCCAAAACCUGAAAGGAAGUAGGAAUCAACAGGAAACUGUGACUUCAUACCACGGUGACAACGGUCCACAAACCCGCCCUCUGAUUUGCCAAGAACUAACCCCCCCAGAGCCCCUGAUCACACGUCCCAGCACCCAAUUAACCAUUCUUGAUGAAACAUCGACUUCCACGGACCAAGAACAGGACCAGGACCGAGCCGAAACCUCAUCAGGCAGCUCCAGCGAGGACUCCGGAGUUGGGACUGUGUCUCCUCUGUCAGGCAGCUCCUGCAACUGUGCGCUUCCCAUGAAGGAGCCCAUGGAGGUCGGAGAGAACGAGGACUGCAGUCAGCUGGUGGCCACAGGUUUGGCGACAUGCUGCUCCUGCAGGACAGGAGACGCCAUUGGAGAAAACGUGCAGGUCGUCGACCUGAAAGAACCUCUGCUGUGUGAGAGCUGCUCGUCAGACGUCCUGCCAGCCUGCGAUUACAUGGAUCUGCAGCGCUCCCAGGAACUCUGUCUGGACUACAGCAGCCCUGCUGGCAAAGAAGCCAUGUCAGAGAUGAGAGGCAUCUAUGGGGAGCGAGGUCUGGUUGAAGGGCUGUAUAGACAGAACGAACCUUGUUGCUGCAGCAUAGACUCCACCACCGUUCCACCUCUGCGGUCGGUCAGCGCUAAUGCCCAGGGCCUUUCACUGAUCCACAGCGAUGACCGCAAACUGUCCGACCCCGAUGCAGACUUCCAGAACCAGUGCUCAGAAUCCGCUCUCACAUCUGGUCAGGUGACAGGAAACAACAACACUACUUUUAUCUCCAGCGGGCAGGUGAUGAACUUCAGCGGUGAGGUCAUUGUGGUGUAUGUCAGUCAGACGUCACUGGGGAGCAGCGGAGGAACAGACGAACCCUUCAGCUGCCCGGUUCAGGAAGAAUCCAACGAUGACCGUUUUCAAAGUGAGCCCAAAUCUAACAUAACCGCAACACCGCAGGCCAAGAGCAGGAACGGACACCUGGAAAAACACCUGCCCGUGCAGGAAAUGACCAACGACUGGUCCUGGCAGAAAUAAAAAGCUUCAAACAUUUCCUACUAGACUGGAAUUGACUUUCUCUUUUUAAAAUGAUUAUUAUUGAUUAAUGAUGGGCGUACGACCGCCCGUAUAGCAACUAGAGUGCUAUUUCAUGAAAAAUGCUAUGC